AUCAAAACAUUGUGGAGGUUACGAACAAAAUUAAGCGGUGAUAGCCUAGUUGGCUGUGGAACGAACUGCCGACAAGAAUGUCUGUUUCAAAAUCCAACGUUCCUUACAGUAACUCGCGGAGUGUGGUACUCAAAAUGGAAUCGUUACCUUGCAAUCCAAUUUUGAAGUUUAAACCAGAUACAUUGGAUGUUAUUCGUAAAAGCUUUAAUCUAGAUCAGAGAGAACUAAAUGAAGCAAUCGACAGAUUUGAAGAAUGGCUUAAUAAACAGGAGCAUUUUGUAAAAAAGGACUUUUCUCGUGACUACAUAGAAAGAACAAUUAUUCAAGGCAAAGGUUCCGUAGAGAAAGCUAAAUCGCAAAUGGACAAGUUGUGCACACUAAAGACAUUGCUACCAAAGUUUUUCAAGAACUGCGAUAUAAAAACUGAAUUUAAGGAUAUUUCCCAGAUUGCCUGGCUUAUCCCCCUUCCGAAGAUGACUGAAGAUUACUGCAGAGUGUACAUAGUGAAGAUCAAUUCGAAAGAGUUCACGUCGGCACAUUUUAUGGAGUACUAUCGGUUUAAUAUUGUCCUUUACGAAUACCUGAAGGCGACCGAUUACGUGAAGGGUUUCAUCGUCAUCCAUGACUGGAGAGAUCUAAAUUGUCUAGAUCUAGUCACUAAAAUGAACGUGAUUGAACUGCAGCAGUUCAUGACAAUAUUAAUGGAAGGUUAUAAGGCAACAAUACAUGGAAUACAUAUAAUAACAGAAUCCAAAGUAAUAGAUCUGUUUACUUCAACGCUAAAGCAGAUUUUAUCGCCCAAAAUGGCGGCGAGAGUACACGUAUAUACAAAUAUAGAGAGCCUUUACAAUAUCGUGGAGAAGGAUAUACUGCCCGUGGAAUAUGGAGGGAAGGAAGUGUCAGUUGAGGAGUUGAACAAGAAAUGGAUGGAGAUAAUAAGCACUGAAGAACACACAGCGUAUAUGAAAGAAAUGAAUGGCGCAUGCACAGAUGAAUCACGAAGAUCAAAGUUAGAUUUCAACAACGAAUAUAUAGGAAUGCCUGGAACAUUCAGAACCCUAACUGUAGAUUAGUAUUUUUUAUUGCUUUGGUUAGCGACGAUAGCCUAGUUGGUUGUGGAACGGACUGCCGAGACAAAUGU